AUGAUCCGGCACCGACAUGAUUCAGAAAAUUUCUCAAGAAUUGGCCUAAAGACUGGUGUUACCCCGAAUGAUGUUCAGGUGAUCGAGUUGCACGACUGUUUUGCUCCGAACGAGUUGAUCACCUAUGAAAUGCAAGGGCUUUUGCCCAAUCGGUGUAAAGCUGGUGAGUUGAUCGAUCGAGGGAGACAAAAAAAACGGAGGAAAAUGGGUGAUCAACCCCAGUGGCGGUCUCAUAUCCAAGGGACAUCCACAUCAGGGCAACCGGAGUCGCUGGGGUCGUCGAAUUGUCCAAUCAACUACGGGGACGCGGAGGAAAACGACAGAGUGCCAAACACAAAAUACGCGAUGCAACAUAACAUCGGUAUUGAAAAAAUUAGGCGAGAAAAACUCAAAAACGUUUCCCGGGUAUCGGGAGGAGCCGGUGUGGUUGCAUUGCGAAUAAUGGCCGAUGCAAAGGGAAUCUCAUAUGAGUUUCUGAACUUGAUCUCAAAUGGACCCUCGCUGAAAAGUGAUGUGAUUUUCGACGAGAUCGAAGGAGAAAAUAAAUACAGUUCGUUUAAAGAACCUUACAAUUUCUUAAUCAGAUGUAAAUAUUUUCGGGAGAAGGAUUUGGUUGAUAAAGUUGCGGCUUCAUUCGAUCUUGUGAUCACCGGCAAUGGGACAACAAAAGAAGCGGUUUUAUUGACACAAAAGCCACACCUCACCACCGUACGUCGGAAA